AUGCGCCUCGGUCACUGGAAGCACCGGCUCGUUGAGGCCAGGCAGCGCCACGGCCUUCCGAGGGAGAUCGAGGUGCGUUUGGAAGUUCUCGAGGUGCCGUUGACAACGACGUGCUUGGCCAUCGAGACGUACGUCGCCCAUCACGGUCAUCUCGACAGCAUGUCCGGAGCCUUCGUCGUGCCUGCUUCCAGCAACUGGCCACCGGCGCUUCACGGCACCGCUCUCGGCACGUUUGUGGCGACGCUAACACCCGACAACAGCGAGUUGACGGCCGGACAGAAGAUCGUGCUGCACACCCUUGGUGUGACGCUACCUCCGGGCACCGAUGCGCCGUUUGGUCGCUACCACAGUCUCGACGACGUCAGCGUCGACUGGGUCGCUUGUUUUCUGGCGCUCGAGACGUUCCAGUUGAGAGAAAGGCCAUUGCUGCGUGCCUGA